GUAUUGAACGUUACAAAAAGUGCAGUAUAACCGGGAUCUGUCACUGUGUUAUAAAAGUAUAGAAAUCCUAGUAAUUUGAGUAUAUUUUGUGUUUUAGUUUUCAAGUGUUAAGUUAAAUAAUGUCCAAGCCAGAGCAAGUUUUGCAAAUAGAACCCCAACAUGAGCUUAAAUUCAAAGGUCCUUUUAAUGAACCUUCUGGGACAUAUAUGAAGCUUACCAACCCUACCGAUAAAAGAGUAGUAUAUAAAAUUAAGACUACAGCUCCAAAAAAAUAUUGUGUGCGUCCCAAUUCUGGCAUUUUAGAACCCAACUCUCACACUGAGAUUUCAAUUUUCUUCCAACCACAACCGUUGGUGUUCGACACGGCGGAAAAGAACAAACACAAAUUUAUGGUGCAGACAGCAUUUGCUCCCGAAUCGGAGUUCAACAUGGACCAGCUGUGGAAGGAAAUCACUCCUGAGCAACUGAUGGAUUCCAAGUUGAAGUGUGUCUUCGAGUUGCCGCCUGAUCAGGCAGAAGGCACCGCUGAAGACGCUACUAAGUUUAGUCCCAAGACAGUUGCUGCUAACGCUGCAGUCCCAGACAAUAGUAACGUGGAGUGGGAGCUGAAGAAAGCUGCACAAGAGGUACAGCAGCUUAGAGAAGAAGAAAGUCAAUUGAGGCAGCAACAUUUACGACUAAAAGAAGAAAUUCUCCAAUUGAAACAACAGCUAGGCCAAUCACGAGCCGCCCCAGUCAACAGAUACGCCCCACCCGUACAGGAACAGACCAUUCCAAUGGUGUAUGUCGGUUUGGCAGUACUUCUGAGCUUCAUAGGCAUCAUAUUGGGCAAAUUCGCGCUCUGAAACGGAGUCCACACAAGACUCGGACACCAUUCUUGUUGUAUAUAGACCAGUCGCAGCAUAAGAUUUUAUCAUUUUAUGUGGUAUUGUAGAAAUUUUUGAUAGUGACAUUUUGGUGGAAUUAAAUAGGUAUCUUGUUUCGGAAAAAUAUCCUUCUGAAUAAACUGUGACGUUACUAUCAUCACUUAAAAGACAAUUUAGUAAUAGUGCUUAUGUAUACUCUUAUUAAGUGAUCACAGUAUUUUGCUCUUAUUAGAUGCUGCCAGGGUCAUAUAAUUUAAGCUCUUUUACACUCUUGUCACCAUCAUCCACUACAUGUACGUCUCCAUUGAUAAUGGAGGAGGAAAUAACUUCAUUAAAAAUUAUCAUGAUCUG